AUGUAUGCUGUGUUUGUUAGUGUUGAGGGUGAUUGUUACCUGUGUGUUCCGCCUGACCCGGGCAUUGAGGCUGCUGCUCUAGGUGCUGGCAAGAUUGCUGCUCUAGGUGCUAGUGCGUCUGCUGCCCCAGGUGCUGGUGAGUCUGCACUCUCAGGUACUACGCCGGCUCAGGCCUUACACACCUUCACCCUUGACUCGGGUGCUUCUCGCUCCUUCUUUCGAGACCGCACCACGCUUACGCCGCUUAGUCGGCCGGUUGCACUCUCCCUGGCGGACCCCUCUGGGGGUCCUGUCCUUGCUAGCUUCUCCACUGUCUUACCGUGCCCGGCAGCCCCCUCUGGCACCCUGUCAGGUCUCUACCUCCCCUCGUUCUCUACGAACUUGGUGAGUGGAGCUGAUCUACAGGAUAGGGGGGUUGACCAGUUCACUCCUGCGAGUCAGCGGGUGACCCACUGCACAUGUGCUCGGACAGGCCGACACUUGGCCACGUUCACCCGCCGGCAUGGGUCGAGCUUGUACACACUUACUACUGAGUCUCCUCCGUCUGCUGAGUCUGGCCAGGUAGCUACAUCGAGCCAGGUGUUUGCUGCGGCGUCCAAGUCCGGUCCUCAGUCUACUCCCUCCUCGUGUUGUCUCCUGUCCCACCAGACUCUUCUCUGGCACCACCGCCUUGGUCACCCCUCCCUGCCUCGUCUCCGAGGCAUGGCCUCCCGUGUCCUUGUCUCUGGUCUCCCCCGGUCUCUCCCUCCCCUACCUCUGGGGCCUGCCCCUACCUGCAUCCCCUGCGUCGAGGGGCGACAGCGCGCUGCCCCUCACUCCUCCGAGUUUCCUCCGACAGAGGCUUCGCUACAGACUCUUCACAUGGACAUAGGCGGGGAGUUUUCCUCUGCCCGUCUGGGAGCCUUCUAUCGUGCACAGGGCAUCCGCCAGACCUUCACGCUUCCAGCCUCUCCACAGCAAAAUGGGAUUGCUGAGCGCCGCAUUGGCAUGGUCAUGGACGUCGCUCCUACGUCCAUGAUCCAUGCGGCUGCCCCCCAUUUUCUGUGGCCGGUUGCGGUUCAGUACGCAGCGCAUCAACUCAACCUUCAGCCCCGGGUCUCCUUGCCAGAGACCUCCCCCACCUUGCGUUGGACGGGGAAGGUUGGCGAUGCGUCUGCGUUUUGGGUCUGGGGAUCUCGGGCGUUUGUCCGCGACUUGUCUGUGGACAAACUGUCCCCCCGUGCUGUUCCCUACGACGUCACCAUUGACGAGUCGGUGCCUUACUACCGUCUCUUCCCCUACCGCACUACGCCCCUCCCUCCGCUGCCGCUCUUCCUUGCGCCAGGUCCUCCCCCGGUAGAUCCCCUCCCCCCUCAGGGUCCUGCCCCGUCAGGUGUGUCCCAGGUAGACGAAGUCGAGCCUGUCGAGGUAGCUGUUGACUCUGGUGCUGCUAGAGGUGCUGAGCCUGCGGGUGCCGGGUCUGGAGGUGCUGGGCCUGGGGGUGCGGAGCCUGGGGGUGCUGAGUCCAGGGGUACUGAGCCUGGGGGUGCUGAGUUUGGGGGUGCUGAUCUUGGGGAUGCUGAGUCUGGGGGUGCUGAGCCUGGGGGUGCUGAGUCUGGGGGUGCUGAGCCUGGGGGUGCGGAGCCUGGGGGUGCAGGGUCUGCUGAUGUGGCCGCUUGCGGUGCUUUCCGUGCUGCUAGAGCUGGAGGUACUCGUACUAGCGGUGCUGGAGCUGCUGGGUCUGGUGGUGUUGCUGGGGCUGCUGGAGCUGGUCCUGCUGGAGGUACUGCUAGAGCUGCUAGCGGUACUGGAGCUACCGGUCCUGCUGGAGCUGGAGCUGCUGGGGGUGUUGGCGCUGGUGCUUCUGAGGGUGCUGGAGUUGGCGCUGUUGGAGCUGGAGGUACUACUGGUGCUGGUGCUGCCGCUGGGGGUACUGGUGCUGUCCCUAAUGGUUGUGGACGCACUGCGCGGCCGCGGCCGUACUUCGUUCUGCUCCUUGAGCAGCGUCGUGAGCCUGCGUCUCGUCCUGCGUCGCCUGUUCGUGCUGCUCGCACUAGUAGUCGUGUUCCGCGUCCGCGUCCUCCUGCGGUCCCAGGCACACACCAGAUGGCACUGCGUCCUUCCACUGCUCCUCUGCGUGUCCCGUUGCCGUCUCCUCCAGAGUCCUCUCUUCCUGUUCUUGCUGACCCGAAGUCUGAAUCUCUUCGUGCUGCCAGUCCUACUGUCACGCGUCUGCUGGCUACUGUUGUCACUAACCCUUCCUUUGAGUCCACUGCUGCGUCUGCCUUAAUAGCUGAGCUUGUCGACUUUGCUGCUCGCUGUCGUCUCGACUACGCCGCUAGUCUUGUUGCUGAGUCUGAGUCUGUCUGUCCUCCGUCCGUUGGGGGUGAAUGUGCUCUUAGCACGGACGUCCUCGAGGACAGGCAGGAGGAGUUCCAGUGUUUUUCUGCUGCUUUGCCUCAUCUCAUGUCCACGCUGAUUGCCCCUGAGGGAGACCUGGAUGCACAAGAUAUCCCGACUCCUCGAUCGUACGCUGAGGCGAUCGAGGGUCCCUACUCCUCUCAGUGGUUGUCAGCCAUGGACGCAGAGAUGGCUUCCUGGAAGUCCACAGGCACCUACUUCGACGAGGUUCCCCCGCCUGGGGCGAACAUCGUCAGUGGCAUGUGGAUUUUCAGGGUGAAGCGGCCGCCGGGUUCUCCGCCUGUCUUCAAGGCGCGUUGUGAGAGGACGUCCCCGUUAUAA